UCACACACGAACGAACGAAAGAAAAAUUAAUUUGCACAGUCUGAUUAAUUUUUGCUUUUCUAUAGUUUUGAAGGGGUCAACAUCUUUAUAAAAGAUUCGAAUUAGGAAUGGCUGCUACAGCUAGAUCACUACUAAAGCUUCGAGAUAGUAUCUCGGUUGGUGUACGUUUUGGCUCGGAAUAUGCCAAGACGCGUGGCAACUUGCAAUUAACCGCUGAUUCACGUGUUAUAUGCCAAGGCUUUACGGGUAAACAAGGUACUUUCCACAGCCAACAAGCUUUGGAAUAUGGUACCAAACUCGUUGGUGGAAUCUCUCCCAAGAAAGGCGGCUCUACACAUCUUGGUCUGCCAGUAUUUGCUUCGGUAGCUGAAGCGAAAAAGGCAACCGAUCCCCACGCAACUGUUAUUUAUGUGCCACCACCUGGUGCAGCGGCUGCUAUUUUGGAAGCUCUGGAAGCUGAAAUUCCAUUGAUUGUUUGUAUCACCGAAGGAGUACCUCAGCAUGAUAUGGUGCGCGUAAAACACGCUCUAUUGAGGCAAAAUAAAUCACGCCUUGUUGGUCCCAAUUGCCCCGGUAUCAUUGCACCUGAAAGAUGCAAGAUUGGCAUUAUGCCUGGUCACAUCCACAAGCGUGGUAAAAUCGGUGUUGUGUCACGCUCAGGUACACUCACUUAUGAAGCCGUGAAUCAAACUACUGAAGUUGGCCUUGGACAAACAUUGUGUGUUGGUAUCGGUGGUGAUCCGUUCAACGGUACCGACUUCAUCGAUUGUCUGGAAAUAUUCUUGAAGGAUCCAGACACUAAAGGUAUUAUUCUAAUCGGUGAAAUCGGUGGUGUAGCUGAGGAAAAGGCUGCCGAAUACCUGACACAAUAUAACACGGGCAUUAAAGCGAAGCCGGUCGUAUCGUUUAUUGCCGGUCUAUCUGCUCCACCCGGUCGUCGUAUGGGUCACGCUGGUGCCAUAAUCUCUGGUGGUAAAGGAGGUGCUGGUGACAAGAUUAAAGCUCUCGAACAAGCUGGUGUUAUUGUAACCAGAAGCCCGGCACAAAUGGGCAAGGAAUUGUACAAAGAGAUGAAACGUCUGGAGUUAGCCUAGAAUUUAAUGAAAAGCUAGGAAGCAGCAGCAUAAGUGAAACGUUCAACAACCGAAAUGUACAUUAAGGAGAAGGCACAUAUUAAAGCGAUCAACUAAGUAAAAAGUUAAAUGUGGAAUAUGACAGCUUGUUUGGUGAUAAAUAAAAGAUGAUUGAAAGUAUAUUAAUUAUACGAUUACUAAAGCAAAUAAAACAAAAAUAACAAAAACACAAAAACGUACAGUGAAACAUUUCCAUACCUAACUGCCGAGAAUAAAAUGCGAAAAUUAUGAACAAAGACAUCUUAAACACAGUUGCCACAAUAAUAAAUAGUCAAACUAAAUUCAUAAAAUAGUAAAUAUUACCACCAAAAAAUAAUAUACUCGGGCUCGGGCCAAUAUAUUGAUAAUAUAAAAUGUAAGCAUUAUUUCUCUGCACUCUCUUAAUGUCUUGCAUGAACAAGUAAAUACACUAAAUAUGCACUGAGUUAAGAAUAUACACAGCACUUUACACUUACAUUACUUAAGCGAUCGUGCAAAAUAUUUUUGCCUAGUUCAAUACUUUUAUUUCAAACGUGAGCUGCAUGCAAUUAAAUUUUAUAUAAUAAUAAUAACAAGACAUAGCAUCCUAUUUGUCAGCUAAAAAGAAACAAAGUUUUUAUUAAGCUGCAUACAAUUAAUUGCAAUUUGAAGAAACAAGCGCAAA